AGGGAAGGAAGUAAUAAACCAGGCGCGAUCGCCCCGGCGGUGCUGCCUCCCCCUCGGCGGCGGAGGGAAACGGGGUGUUUGUCCCGGGACGGCACGGCGGAGUGUCCGGUUGUGCUACCGGAGGUGGGGAGCUGGGCUCCGCGCCGUGCCGCGGGGCUCCCCCGUCCCGUCCGGGGAGGGCGGUGCCGAGCUCCGCUCCGCGCCCGCCGCCUCCACCUCGCCCCACCUCGUCGCCGUGCCCGCCCGCCCGCCGGGGAGCGGUGCCGCCUGUCCGCAGCGCCCAGCCGCGGGGGCGAGGGGAGAAGAGGGGAGCAGCGUCGCCCUGCUCCGCCGGAGUUUGCCCGAGAGUUCUCCAUGGGGCGCGGCCCCGCCUGAGCACCUGCCGGCAGCCACCGGCUCCCUUCAGCCCUCGACGCCGCUAUGGAGAGCCCCGCGGGCGGCAGCGCGGCAGCGGAGCCGGCGCACCCCUGCGCGGAGCCGGAGCCGGGGGCCGCCGGCCGGGCUGAGGCGGCGGCGGGCGGUGGGGAGGCGGCGGCGGAGGUCGGGGCGGCAGCCCCGCGGCGGCGCUGCCUGCGGGCCGUGUACGUGCUGAACGACCCGCCCAAGGGGGGAGCCGGGGCGCGGAGCCCCGAGGCCGGGGCGCGGCAAUGCCUGCUGCGGGCCUGUGAGGCCGAGGGAGCCCAGCUCGGCACGGUCAACUUCGGGGAGCUGGACUUCGGGGAGACGGCGGUGCUGGACGCCUUCUACGACGCGGAUGUUGCAGUUGUGGACAUGAGUGAUAUUUCCAAGCAACCAUCACUGUUCUACCACCUUGGCGUGCGUGAAAGCUUUGACAUGGCUAAUAAUGUUAUACUCUACCAUGACAUUGAUCCUGACACUGCUCAGUCUCUCAAAGAUAUGGUAUCUCAGAAAAACACAGCUUCCAGUGGCAAUUAUUAUUUUAUUCCAUACAUCGUCACACCUUGUGCUGACUACUUUUACUGUGAAAGUGAUGCCCAACGAAGAGCUUCUGAGUAUAUGCAACCCAGCUGGGACAGUAUCCUGGGGCCACUUUGUGUCCCACUGGUAGACAAGUUUGUGAGCCUUCUCAAGGAUGUUCACGUUACAUCAUGUGCUUAUUAUAAAGAAACACUGCUAAAUGAUAUUAGAAAAGCUAGAGAGAAGUAUCAAGGAGAUGAGCUGGCAAAGGAGCUGGCCAGGAUUAAGCUUCGUAUGGAUAAUACUGAAGUGCUGACUCCUGACAUUGUCAUAAACCUGCUUCUUUCUUACAGAGAUAUUCAGGACUAUGAUGCUAUGGUGAAGCUUGUAGAAACACUAGAAAUGCUUCCUACCUGUGAUCUGGCUGAUCAACACAACAUUAAAUUUCAUUAUGCUUUUGCAUUGAAUCGAAGAAAUAAUGCAGGUGACAGAGAGAAGGCACUACAAGUUAUGCUUCAAGUCCUGCAGACGUGUGAUCACCCUGCUCCAGAUAUGUUUUGCUUAUGUGGGAGAAUCUACAAGGAUAUGUUUCUUGAUUCUGACUGUAAAGAUACCAGUAGUCGAGAUCAUGCCAUUGAAUGGUAUCGCAAAGGAUUUGAACUCCAGUCAACUCUGUAUUCUGGAAUUAACCUUGCAGUUUUGCUACUUGUUGCAGGACAACAGUUUGAAAGCUCAAUGGAACUGAGAAAAAUAGGUGUACAGUUAAACAGUUUAUUGGGAAGAAAAGGAAGCCUAGAAAAAAUGAACAAUUACUGGGAUGUGGGACAGUUCUUCAGUGUGAGCAUGCUGGCUAAUGAUGUUGGUAAAGCAGUACAAGCAGCAGAGAAACUUUUUAAGCUGAAACCUCCAGUGUGGUACUUGAAAUCAUUAGUUCAGAAUCUGAUGUUAAUUCAGCAUUUCAAGAAACUCACCAUAGAACAUUCUCCUAGACAAGAAAGAUUGACUUUCUGGCUAGAUAUAAUUUUUGAGGCAACGAAAGAAACAACUAAUGGACUGAGAUUUCCAGUUUUGGUGAUAGAACCAACUAAAGUCUACCAGCCUGCAUAUGUUUCAAUCAACAAUGAAGCAGAUGAGGGAUCUCUCUCUUUGUGGCAUGUCUCUCCUGUUGAAAUGAAACAGAUUCACGAAUGGAAUUUUACAGCUUCUUCCAUUAGGGGAAUAAGCAUUUCCAAGUUUGAUGAACGAUGUUGUUUUCUUUAUGUCCACGACAACUCUGAUGACUUUCAAAUCUACUUUUCUACAGAAAACCAAUGUAGUAGAUUCUGUGGGUUGGUGAAAGAAAUUUUGUCUGAUGCAGUUGGCAGUACUUUGGAACUAGAAGGAGAAAUAGAUGGAGACACAUUGGAGUAUGAAUAUGACUAUGAUGAGAAUGGUGACAGGGUAGUUCUAGGGAAAGGUACUUACGGAAUAGUUUAUGCUGGAAGAGACCUCAGCAAUCAGGUCCGAAUAGCCAUCAAAGAAAUACCUGAGAGAGACAGCAGAUAUUCUCAACCUCUUCAUGAAGAGAUAGCGCUGCAUAAAUAUUUAAAGCAUCGGAACAUUGUCCAGUACCUUGGAUCUGUUUCAGAAGAUGGAUACAUUAAGAUUUUUAUGGAGCAGGUGCCAGGAGGCAGCCUAUCAGCUCUCCUAAGAUCAAAGUGGGGCCCAGUGAAAGAACCUACAAUUAAAUUUUACACCAAGCAGAUUCUGGAAGGCCUUAAGUAUCUCCAUGAGAACCAAAUUGUACACAGAGAUAUAAAGGGGGAUAACGUUUUGGUGAACACCUAUAGUGGUGUGGUAAAGAUAUCUGAUUUUGGUACUUCCAAACGGCUGGCAGGAAUCAAUCCGUGCACUGAAACAUUUACAGGAACUUUGCAGUACAUGGCUCCAGAAAUCAUUGACAAAGGACCACGAGGAUACGGUGCGCCAGCUGAUAUCUGGUCACUAGGUUGUACCAUUAUUGAAAUGGCAACAGGCAAACCUCCAUUUCAUGAACUAGGGGAGCCUCAAGCAGCAAUGUUUAAAGUUGGGAUGUUUAAGAUUCAUCCUGAAAUUCCAGAAUCACUGUCUGCUGAAACAAGGGCCUUUAUUUUGCUCUGUUUUGAACCUGAUCCUAGUAAACGUGUUACAGCAUCUGAUUUGCUCAGAGAUUCCUUCAUGAAACAAGUAAACAAGGGCAAGAAAAGCAGAAUUGCGUUCAAGCCUUCAGAUUACAAUCGUAACAUGUCCCUCCCGCUGCCGAUCCACGGAGAACAGGCUGGCAGUAGCAGCAGUGAGCACGGCUCUGUCUCACCAGACUCUGAUGUACAGCAUGACAUGUUUUUUGAAAGGCCAAAGAGAUCCAUUUCAGAGAUUCAGACAAAGCAUCCCAUUUCCCAUUUACUAAGCGUGCCUGACGAGGGCUCAGCAGAGGACAGGAGCACCUCUCCUUCCAUUGAGGAUAAGGAUUCUGGUCUGUUUCUGCUGCGGAAGGACAGUGAACGCCGAGCGAUCCUAUAUAAAAUCCUUAAGGAAGAACAGAAUAAAGUUGCUUCCAACUUGCAGGAGUGUAUUGCACAGAGCUCUGAAGAACCGCAGCUUUCGGUGGCCCACAUCAAGCAAAUUAUUGGGAUUUUAAGGGACUUCAUACACUCUCCUGAGCAGAGAGUGAUGGCUUCUACCAUAUCCAAACUGAAAAUGGAUUUGGACUUUGACAGCACUUCCAUCAAUCAGAUUCAUCUGGUGCUGUUUGGAUUUCAGGAUGCGGUGAACAAAGUAUUAAGAAAUCAUUUAAUAAGGCCCCAUUGGAUGUUUGCAAUGGAUAACAUAAUUCGCCGUGCAGUCCAAGCAGCAGUCACUAUUCUUAUUCCAGAGCUUCGAGCUCACUUUGAGCCAGCAUCAGAAACUGGGGACAAGGACGGCGAUGACGUGGAGGAGAGUUACCAGCCCACUGAACAAAACGGGGCUGAGGAUCCCGCCAUCACAUCAGGAGUCAGCACCCUUAGUUCUGUGGUGUCACAUGAGGCUCAGCAGCAUCUUAGCCUGGAGCUGGGCAGACUUAAACAAGAGACCUUAAGGCUUUUGGAAAACCUAGUUCAGAAGGAGAAGGAGUAUCAGACCCUCUUACGACAAUCUUUGGAGCAAAAAACUCAGGAGUUACGUUUGCUUCGCUUAAAACUUAAACCCGAAGACUCCCAAUGGUCUGCAGCAACUUCUAGAGAGAAUGCAGACCCUGAGCUCAUGAACUGGCUUAAACAUCAAGGAGCAGACAUGGAUGCAAUUAAGAGGUUUGCUGAAGAAGAUUAUACACUAAGUGCUGUCCUUAAUGAUAUCACUAAGGAUGAUCUGCGGUACCUUCAACUGCGGGGUGGUCUUCUCUGCAGACUUUGGAACGCAAUAUUAAACCACCGACAGACAUCUGGUAAGACCUCGGUGCAGAAGAUUAAAGCUUCUGAAGGAGACCAUGCAAUCGGAAUAAGCAAAUGAAAGAUACAUUCCUAACACUUAAAUUAUUAGGUGUAUAUAUGUACAUAGAGCAGCCCUGCAGGUUUUGCACAGUUAUGCAGCUUGUUUGACCAUCAGCAUAACGCACAGUGAAUAGUAACAGCUUUUAAGUCGGUGUCAAUGCACUUUAAUUUAUGAACGAGUAACACAAGUCAAACACCCAUCAAUGUAGUAUAAAGUAUUAGCUGGGGAAAAAAGAAACCCUCUUCUGCAAACAGGCACCACCCACCUAGAUUGGCUUUAGCACUGUGAAAAUGGUGAACUUAAAACGUGUUGCAGUUCUGCUGGCUGAUGGUUUGAGCAGGAGGGCAUAUGCUAGAGCAUACAUCACCCUUCCCCAAAUGAAUGGAUAUAGCUUUUUGUAUUAAAGCUACUCUCACCAAACUACUAAGACAGGCCUGGUGUGAUGUUUUCAUUUCGUAACUUUCCUGCAGCAAAAACACAGCAUCAAAAUGGCUUUUUUUGUGUUUUUUUCUUUUUCCUUUUUUAGAAAGUGGUUCAUCAAGAAACAAAGCAAAGAGUUCACCAGAUAAAUGUUGUUAAAAGUUUAAUAUUUUUUACACUGUACAUAACACAUACAGCAAUCCAAAGAAAAGUCAGUAAAGCAAAUAUAUAGCAUUUUAAAUAAACUGCUGCUUUCUCUUAAUUUAGCUCCUUUUGCAACAACAUGGAGCACAUUUAAGAAAAUCCAUACUGAGGUGGAUUUCCCAACACCUUUCCUCUUUUGCAAGAGCUUUUAAAUAAGCUUAAGGUUUGUUUCUGAGUCAUCAUAGUUCCUGUAAAUUCAUUCACUUAUUCAUUAAGAAUAAGUUGCCCCAACAGAAAGGCCUUUAGCUGACAGAC